UGAUUGUGAGAGUUCCUAGGGUCCCUGAAGGAGGCCUCUGUCAGACUGUUUCCGGUCAGAGUCUGUUCGUGGUGAUCCUCUUCUGACUUUUACUCAACAAACGUGUAAACACAGCAGCUUCCGGGAUGAACGCGCUGCGUCGGUUUAACCUCCGGCGGGUCGGAACGUGGAGAGACACAGAUUUCCACGUGACAGCACCUGUGGCGACCUUUAACCUGAGAAGAGUUGAACUGACGCCCCUGGAGCAGCGGAAACUCACGUUCGACUCCCACGCCAUGGUGACGGAGCUGGAGAGCAGCGGUUUUGAGAAGCGUCAGGCCGAGCUGAUCGCUUCAGCUCUGGUGACUCUGACGACGGCGAACAUGGACAUCGUCUACAAAGACAUGGUGACCAAGUCCCACCAGGAGAUCGCCAUGCAGCAGAUCAUGGCUCAUCUAGACGCCAUCAGGAAGGACAUGGUGAUCCUGGAGAAGAGCGAGUUCGCCAACCUGCGCUCUGAAAACAUGAAAAUGAGAAGAGAGUUGGAGCAGCUGCAGACCAGAAUCAAGGACGAGAGUCAGAAAGUCAGAGCAGAAAGUAAACUGGACAUCAACCUGGAGCGCAGCAGGAUGUCUGACAUGUUCACUGAUCAGGAGAAGAAGCUGAUGGAGACAACGACAGACUUUCAUCACAAGAAAAUCGACCUGGAGAAUGACAACAUGGAGAUCAACAAGAAGAUCGACCUGCAGGUGGCGUCGCUCAAAACUCUGCUGGAGUCGCUGAAACUGGAGACGGUCCGAUACCUGGCAGCGACAGUGUUCUCCUGCCUCGCCAUCGCUCUGGGCGUUUACCGAGUGAUGAGGUGAAGGGUCCCAGUGAGACCUGGACCUGGACCUGGACCAGCACCAUGAGUAAUAGACGUCAGCAACAUGAAGCAGAAUCACUCCUUUACUUCAGUAAAAGUCUUGUAGUGAAACUUUACUCUGUAGUAAAUACUAAAGGGAUUUUACUCACGUACUGUAUAUCAGUACAUCGUUAAAGUAUUUGCACUGUACUUUAAUAUUCUCCAACAUAUCAGCAGUGGAAGUAUGUAUCUUGUCAGCUGUGUAUAUUUACUUUUAUUUUAAAUAUCUUCGUCAGUAUACAGGAAAUACUCAAGUGAAGUACAAGUACCUGAGCAGUACUAAGUGGAGACAAAGUCAGAGUAUUUGUACUUUGAAAUUUCCCAUUUAGAGGAAUAAAAUCAUGUAAAUGUAUUUUUCAAUGUUUUAAUAAAAUGUUUUUAUUGUA